AUGUGGAAGGCGUGCUUGUCUGAUGGGCCGGAGCACCCGCGGGCGCCUGCCGCAACUGCGCAAACAACGAACGCUCCCACGCGCUGCCGUGCCGGCCACGUCUGCCUGAAUGGAGACAGUGACGAAGCCGCCGAUGCAUCGCACGACCCGUUGCUAACAUCCGUGGGCAUGUGGCUGCAAAUUUUGGGCGUUCGAGAGAGGGACUCGCCUUCCUGGAUUCGGAAAGUUGCCAUCUCUGCCUCAGCGGAAGGUGGUGGAAGGCCGGCGCAAAUAAAUUUGGUGCGGUUCCGUCGGCUGAGGCUGGCGAAGUGA